GAAAGCAAGGCGGGGGGCCGAGGGGGGGCUUGCGGGAAUGCACCCCCGCCCCCCCAGUCCCUCCCGGCGAGCAGGUGCGGGCCGGGCGGGGUGAGAGGCGGCGCCGCUCCCAUUGUGCGGCUCGGAGCAGCGGCGGGAGGUGGAGCCCGGGGCUGCGGGCUCCGGCGCCUGCGUCCCCGGCCCGGCCCCCCGGCGCCCCCGCACGCCCGGCCCCAGCAGCGCGGGAGGCUCCGACCCUGGGCGAUGGGGCGCGGCGCCCGGCCCGGGGCCCGCUCGCUCGGCAGCCGGGAGGACGCCCUGCGAGGCCCCCGCAGCGCCCCAUCAGGGUCGGGGGGCCCGCACUGAGCCACCUCCGCAGCCGCUUCCAGCCAUGGCCAACGGGGUGGGCCCGCCACCCGGGGUCGCCUCGCCCCUCCCGCAGGUCCGCGUGCCCUUGGAAGAGCCCCCCCUGAGCCCUGACCUGGAGGAGGAGGAUGAUGACCUGGGCAAGACCUUGGCUGUGAGCAGGUUUGGAGAUCUCAUCAGCAAGCCCCCGGCCUGGGACCCCGAGAAGCCCAGCCGCAGCUACAGCGAGCGGGACUUUGAGUUUCACCGGCACACAUCCCACCACACCCACCACCCCCUCUCGGCGCGCCUGCCUCCGGCCCACAAGCUACGGCGCCUGCCCUCUUCCUCGGCCCGCCAGGCCCAGAGGAAGCGGAAGAAGGAGAAGACCUCGGCCCCCCCCUCCGAGGGGACCCCUCCCAUCCAGGAGGAGGCAGGAGCCGGAGUGGAGGAGGAGGAGGAGGAGGAGGAGGAGGAGGAGGAAGAGGAGGAGGAAGGGGAAUCUGAAGUGGAACCCUCGGAGCGCCAGCCCUCGGGGUCCCCGCCCAAAGCAAAGUUCUCCAUCGGAAGCGAUGAAGAUGAGAGCCCCGGCCUCUCUGGGAGGGCUGCUGUCUCUAAGCCCCCACCCUUGGUGGCCCCCCAGCCCAACAGGAGCCCCCAGCGCUCAGUCAGCUCCACCAGCCCUCGAGCCCGGCCCCCCCGAGUGGCUGGGGAGAAGACUCGACCGUGGAGCCCACUGGCCAGCUAUGACCUGCGGGAGCGGCUGUGCCCGGGCAGUGCCCUGGGCGUCCCCUGGGACCCUGAGCAGCAUGUGCCCACGGAUGAGGCUGAGGCCCGGAUGCUGGGCUCUGCAGACCUGGACGAUAUGAAGAGUCACCGGCUGGAAGACAAUCCUGGCAUGCGUCGGCACCUGGUGAAGAAGCCGUCGAGGACGCAGGGCGGGCGAGGCAGCCCGGGAGGCCUGGCCCCCAUCCUGCGCAGGAAGAAGAAGAAGAAGAAGCUGGACCGGAGGCCCCACGAGGUGUUCGUGGAGUUGAAUGAGCUCAUGCUGGACCGUAGCCAGGAGCUGCACUGGCGGGAGACGGCGCGCUGGAUCAAGUUCGAGGAGGACGUGGAGGAGGAGACGGAGCGCUGGGGGAAGCCCCAUGUGGCCUCGCUCUCCUUCCGCAGCCUCCUGGAGCUCAGGAGGACCAUCGCCCACGGUGCUGCCCUCCUGGACCUGGAGCAGACCACCCUCCCGGGCAUCGCGCACCUGGUGGUGGAGACCAUGAUCCUGUCGGACCAGAUCCGGCCGGAGGACAGAGCCAGUGUGCUGCGGACUCUGCUUCUCAAACACAGCCACCCCAACGAUGACAAGGACAGCGGCUUCUUCCCCCGGAAUCCAUCCAGCUCCAGCGUGAACUCUGUCCUGGGCAACCACCACCCUACUCCCAGCCACGGUCCUGAUGGGGCAGUACCCACCAUGGCUGAGGACCUGGGGGAGCCCACCCCACUCUGGCCUCACGACCCCGAUGCCAAGGAGAAGCCCCUCCACAUGCCUGGGGGAGAUGGCCACCGGGGAAAGAGCCUGAAGCUGCUGGAGAAGAUCCCUGAGGAUGCGGAGGCCACAGUCGUGCUCGUGGGCUGCGUGCCCUUCCUGGAGCAGCCGGCCGCGGCCUUUGUGCGGCUGAGUGAGGCCGUGCUGCUGGAGUCGGUCCUGGAGGUGCCGGUGCCUGUCCGCUUCCUCUUCGUGAUGCUGGGGCCCAGCCACACCAGCACCGACUACCAUGAGCUGGGGCGCUCCAUUGCCACCCUCAUGUCCGACAAGCUCUUCCACGAGGCGGCCUACCAGGCGGACGACCGGCAGGACCUGCUGGGUGCCAUCAGCGAGUUCCUGGACGGCAGCAUCGUGAUCCCCCCGUCGGAGGUGGAGGGCCGCGACCUGCUGCGCUCCGUGGCCGCCUUCCAGCGCGAGCUGCUGCGCAAGCGGCGGGAGCGGGAGCGGGGCAAGGCGGAGCUGGGCGCCCUGGGCUACUCGGCCCCCGGGAAAGAGCUGGCCAUGGAGCUGGGGGGCUGCGAGGCGGCCCCCGAGGACGACCCUCUCCUGCGCACGGGCUCCGUGUUUGGCGGCCUGGUCCGCGACGUGAAGCGCCGGUACCCGCACUACCCCAGCGACCUGCGGGACGCCCUGCACUCCCAGUGCGUGGCCGCAGUGCUCUUCAUCUACUUCGCAGCCCUCAGCCCCGCCAUCACCUUCGGGGGACUGCUCGGGGAGAAGACGGAAGGGCUGAUGGGUGUGUCCGAGCUGAUCGUGUCCACGGCGGUGCUGGGCGUCCUCUUUUCCCUGCUGGGGGCCCAGCCCCUGCUGGUGGUGGGCUUCUCAGGCCCACUGCUGGUCUUCGAAGAAGCCUUCUUCAAGUUCUGCCGGGCCCAGGAUCUGGAGUACCUCACGGGUCGCGUGUGGGUCGGCCUCUGGCUGGUGGUGUUUGUCCUGGCACUGGUGGCCGCCGAGGGCAGUUUCCUGGUCCGCUACAUCUCGCCCUUCACGCAGGAGAUCUUUGCUUUCCUCAUCUCGUUCAUCUUCAUCUACGAGACUUUCUACAAGCUCUACAAGGUGUUCAUGGAGCACCCCCUGCUGCCGUUCUACCCCCCUGAGGGGUCCGAGGGGGCUGCGGAGCCUGGCCCAGACCUGAACGCCAGCGCCCUGCCCUCCACAGAGGGGCCUCCAGGCCCCCGGAACCAGCCCAACACGGCCCUGCUCUCCCUCAUCCUUAUGCUUGGCACCUUCCUCAUUGCCUUCUUCCUCCGCAAGUUCAGGAACAGCCGCUUCCUGGGAGGCAAGGCCCGCCGCCUCAUCGGGGACUUCGGCAUCCCCAUCUCCAUUCUGGUGAUGGUCCUGGUGGACUACUCCAUCACAGACACCUACACUCAGAAGCUGACGGUGCCCACGGGGCUUUCCGUGACCUCCCCCCACAAGCGCUCGUGGUUCAUCCCGCCCCUGGGCAGCUCACGGCCCUUCCCACCCUGGAUGAUGGUGGCAGCUGCCGUUCCCGCCCUCCUGGUUCUCAUUCUCAUCUUCAUGGAGACGCAGAUCACCGCGCUCAUCGUCAGCCAGAAGGCACGCAGGCUGCUUAAGGGCUCCGGCUUCCACCUGGACCUGCUGCUCAUCGGCUCGCUGGGCGGCCUGUGUGGGCUCUUCGGGCUGCCCUGGCUCAGCGCCGCCACGGUGCGCUCAGUCACCCACGUGAACGCGCUCACGGUCAUGCGCACGGCCAUCGCGCCCGGCGACAAGCCCCAGAUCCAGGAGGUGCGGGAGCAGCGCGUGACCGGCGUGCUCAUCGCCAGCCUCGUGGGUGCUCUGAGCCCAGCGGUGGGCCCCUCCCCCUUGUCCUGUUCCGCUGAGGGGCUGAGUGAGCGCGCCCCGUCCCCCAGGCCUGUCCAUCGUGAUGGGGGCGGUGCUGCGCCGCAUCCCGCUGGCCGUGCUGUUCGGGAUCUUCCUGUACAUGGGCGUGACGUCGCUGUCCGGGAUCCAGCUGUCCCAGCGCCUGCUGCUCAUCUUCAUGCCCGCGAAGCACCACCCCGAGCAGCCCUACGUCACCAAGGUGAGGACGUGGCGAAUGCACCUGUUCACCUGCAUCCAGCUGGGUUGCAUCGCGCUGCUCUGGGCGGUCAAGUCCACGGCCGCCUCGCUCGCCUUCCCCUUCCUGCUGCUGCUCACCGUGCCGCUGCGCCGCUGCGUGCUGCCCCGCAUCUUCCAGGAGCGCGAGCUGCAGGCGCUAGACUCGGAAGACGCAGAACCCAACUUCGACGAGGACGGCCGGGAUGAAUACAACGAGCUGCACAUGCCCGUGUGAACCGGCACUUAUCGCCCCUGCAGACUCCGCCCAGCACCUCAGGACGGGUCCCGGGACCCCCCCCACCACCACCGCCACCACCACCACUCAGACGUGUGCCUGGAACCUCCACUGAUGGUGCCUCGCCACUGGGCCCUGACUCCGCACAGACCAGCCACGCACAGGCUUGGAGCUCAUUACAAUAACCACCACACUCCCUG